UUACAUUUUGACAGCAAAACACUGCAAAAUACGUCCAAUACAAGACAUAUUCAGUGUUAUGUGGUAUUUUUACCAGCUGCUGCUUACACAUUCAAAGUUUUGUAGAAUCGUGGACGUGUGGAACGUAUUUUUGAAUUUAGGAAUAGAGAACGCAGCAAUUUUAGGGCUUAGACGAUGAAGGUUCCCAACACAGAGAACGAGGUGGUUGAAGAAGCUAGCUCCUCCCAGGUGGACUCCAACCAGGAGGAGAUUCCACCAUACCUCCGUGAGGAGCCCCCAGAGGACCUGGAGAAAGAUCACCCUAAGACUGAAGCUGGCAUUGUGUGGAGAGUGGGGGGUGGCCUCUUCAACAUUACCAGGGGUGCGGUGGGUGCCACUCUAGGGGGUGUGGCCUGGGUGGGCUGUAAAAGCUUUGAACUCACGAAGACGGCGGUGACCAGUGUACCCGCUGCCGGGGUGGGCCUGGUCAAGGGCAGCGUCUCCGUGGUGACAGGCGGCGUCGGAGCGGUGGGAUCAGCGGUGGCCAAUAAAGUCACACCAAAGAAGAAAGACAAGUCUGAUUAGACCCCACCCCCACCAAGACACCCUGCCCAUUUCCUGUUUACUAUGUGUUUGGAUUGGUUUGCGUGUGGGAGACCUGGUUGCUAAGGACGAGCGGAGGAAGGGUUUUAGAGGAUGGGAUGGGUGGGGAGAGGGGGGUUAUUAGGAUGUGGGAGGUGACAUGAAUGUUUUAGCUCACUUCCGAGGUUGCCCUGACGUUGGAGUCUCAUUUCUGAUUGAUGAGAAGUAGGGUGGGGGGAGUGGUUGGGAAAGAUGUACAGGGAGAGGGAGGUGGGGAGGGAGAGGGGGGCAGGGAGGGUGGGCGGUCGGUCAUAUUUCUGGAUAAGGACAAUGUUCUGUUUGCUGUCUUGCACAAGACGGAGGAACAAUUUGCACCAGAUUCAGAAAAUAGGAGUGAGUAUGUUGUAACGCUACAUUUGAAAUAGAUAAACAAGGAUUUGGCCUUAAAAUCAGCACCAACACCCUUCUCAAACAAAACAAUGAUGUUUAUCCAAGUUUUGUUUCCAGUUCCAAUACACCAUUAAAAUCAGUGUGCUUGAAAGGAUAGUUUUUUUUUGUUAUCAAGCCUCUACGACAACAAAACUACUUUACUUUUGAUUGUUAGACAUCAGUGAAAUGAGAACACCAAUGACCAGUUUUUAUACAGUUAGGUCCAUAAAUAUUUGGACAUUGACACAUUUUUCAUCAUUUUGGCUCUGUAUACCACCACAAUGGAUUUGAAAUGAAACAAUCAAGAUGUGCUUUAAGUGCAGACUUUCAGCUUUAAUUUCAGGGUAUUUACAUCCAAAUCAGGUGAACGGUGUAGGAAUUACAACACAUUUGAUAUGUGGCCCCCCCCUUUUUAAGGGACCAAAAGUAAUUGGACAAUUGGCUGCUCAGCUGUUCCAUGGCCAGGUGUAUGUUAUUCCCUCAUGGGAGUUCGUUAUUUUAUUGACAAGGAGCAGAUAAAAGGUCUAGAGUUCAUUUCAAGUAUGGUAUUUGUGUUUGGAAUCUGUUGCUGUCAACUCUCAAUAUGAAGUCCAAAGAGCUGUCACCAUCAGUGAAGCAAGCCAUCGUUAGGCUGAAAAAUCAAAACAAACCUAUCAGAGAGAUAGCAAAAACAUUAGGUGUGGCCAAAUCAACUGUUUGGUACAUUCUUAAAAAGAAAGAACGCACUGGUGAGCUCAGCAACACCAAAAGACCCGGAAGACCACGGAAAACAACUGUGGUGGAUGACAGAAGAAUUCUUUCCCUGGUGAAGAAAAACCCCUUCACAACAGUUGGCCAGAUCAAGAACACUCUCCAGGAGGUAGGCGUAUCUGUGUCAAAGUCAAAAAUUAAGAGAAGACUUCACCAGAGUAAAUACAGAGGAUUCACCACAAGAUGUAAACCAUUGGUGAGUCUCAAAAACAGGAAGACCAGAUUAGAGUUUGCCAAAAAACAUCUAAAAGAGCCUGUACAGUUCUGGAACAACAUCCUAUGGACAGAUGAGACCAAGAUCAACUUGUACCAGAAUGAUGGGAAGAGAAGAGUAUGGAGAAGGGAAGGAACUGCUCAUGAUACAAAGCAUACCACCUCAUCAGUGAAGCAUGGUGGAGGUAGUGUUAUGGCGUGGGCAUGUAUGGCUGCCAAUGGAACUGGUUCCCUUGUAUUUAUCGAUGAUGUGACUGCUGACAAAAGCAGUAGGAUGAAUUCUGAAGUGUUUCUGGCAAUAUUAUCUGCUCAGAUUCAGCCAAAUGCUUCAGAACUCAUAGGACGGCGCUUCACAGUGCAGAUGGACAAUGACCCGAAGCAUACUGCGAAAGCAACCAGAGUUUUUUAAGGCAAAGAAGUGGUAUGUUCUGCAAUGGCCAAGUCAAUCACCUGACCUAAAUCCAAUUGAGCAUGCAUUUCACUUGCUAAAGACAAAACUGAAGGGAAAAUGCCCCAAGAACAAGCAGGAACUGAAGACAGUUGCAGUAGAGGCCUGGCAGAGCAUCACCAGGGACGAAACCCAGCGUCUGGUGAUGUCUAUGGGUUCCAGACUUCAGGCUGUCAUUGACUGCAAAGGAUUUGCAACCAAGUAUUAAAAGUGACAAUUAGAUUUAUGAUUAUGUUAGUUUGUCCAAUUAUUUUUGGUCCCUUAACCCUCGUGCUGCCUUCGGGUCACAUGACCCAAAGGUUCAUAACGAACCAUUGUGGUGUUUACCCAAUACAAAAACAAAUAAAACUAAUUUUCUUUUAACCAUUCCAAUGUGGGGGGUCUGAGACAGCCCGACAGUUAAAAGAAAAUGCUUCACUUUGUUUUUGUAUGAGGUAAAUUUGUCGCAAUACGACGGUGGGUCACAAUGACUGAUGGGUCAGAAUGACCCGAAGAUAACACAAGGGUUAAAAAGGGGGGGGCACAUAUAAAAUGUGUUGUAAUUCCUACACCGUUCACCUGAUUUGAAUGUAAAUACCCUGAAAUUAAAGCUGAAAGUCUGCACUUAAAGCACAUCUUGAUUGUUUCAUUUCAAAUCCAUUGUGGUGGUAUACAGAGCCAAAAUGAUGAAAAUUGUGUCAAUGUCCAAAUAUUUAUGGACCUAACUGUAUGUGAAUCGUGCUGAUACAGUGUAAUCAAGUACGUACCUUGUUUUGAGGCUUGCCUGCCACAGUGAGUCCUACAGUGAGUAUAAGUGGAGCUCUUUUUCUACUACUUUGUAUUAUAGAGGAGGUGGGGAUGGAUCGUUUUCUUGCUUCAUAAAUCCAUGGACAGCUUCAUCCAGGGGGCAUGAUGAAUAAGUCCUGUCUCGGCUCUUCUUUCUUUCCACGCCAUGUUCAAUUAUCUAAGUUUGAGCUUGAGCUGUCCAAACAAACUUUUUUCCACCUCUAAGCAGUCACACCCACAUAAACAUCAGUAAAAAAAAAUGUUUUCAUAUUUAUUUUCUUGCCAUCUGUACUCCAGUGUAUGUGCUUCUGGGGAUUAACUAGGUACUGAUACAGUAGUUUAGCCCGACAUAGCCGGAGGUGAAGGGAUAGCUAUCAUCGACACACACACACGUGUUUUCCACAACUCUUGUCCCAUUCCAUUUCAUGUUUUGUUUACGACACAUUGACAACGAAUUAUUGUCCAUGGAAGUGAGUGUUAUCUUACUGUAGACGUACUCAUUUGGAUUUAAUUGGUUCGGUUGCAUUUAACACUACACAAUUGUCACUGUUUCCAUUUUCAGUUGGAACAUAUAGCACACUCCCACUCUGCAUCGUUUUUCUUUUGUUAUUGUGUCGCAUGCUUCAAGUUGUAGUUCUAAAGCAUAUAGUAUCUACAAUGCUAGCAUUAGCAGCUUGUAUUUCUGUUUCAUUUUCAAUGAUUUCUGACCUCCCUCUGUGUGUUUUUAUCGCUUUCCUCUGCACAUUUUAUUCAGCUACUGUAGUAAAUAUGUUUUGGACUCUGUUACUUCAAACUGGACUUUUAGACUUAGUAGAUUUUGUCUAUCAUAGAACUAUUUUUGCAAAACUGAUGCUGUAUUCUAUAUAAAGCUACUUGUAUUUUA